GGCAGUUUUCAGGGGUGGAAGACUGGUCCUUGUAAGACGCGACAAUGCCGGGAGUGAUAAAUAUGGACGAGUUGACAGACGUGGAUAAGGCUAAAAUGGAAAGAGACCAAAAGAAGAUUGAAGUCAAGCUUGAGAGAUGGCUGACGUCUAAGUGCUGUACUGAGUUUAUGGAGGCCGUUCAGGCCGGUGUAGAAGAGGACACCCUGUUCAAAGGUAUUGCAGAGGACAAGAACCCAUUCAAGGAGUUGAAAGGUGGAUGUGUCGUAUGCUGAAGAGGACAGGAAGAACAGAUUAGACCCCCUCUCGUGCCCAAGGACAUUCCCCCUACCCAGGAAACAUUGCUGGAUCACCAUUAGCCAACCAAGAAGAAACAAAAAAAAUGAAUUUAAAUUUCAUAAUAUAUACAAACCUCAUGAACCCAUGUAAAUUUAUCUCCCUGAAUUGAUGCAGUAAAUAAGAAUAGUUUUUGGCAAUGAUUGUCA